AUGACUUUCGUAAGUGCUACGUCCGUGGUUUUAUUCUUGUGUUUGAUCGCGCAGUCGUGUCCACAACUUAACGACCGAUCGAGGUUCCCCCCCACUACGGUAAAUAAUUUACGCCCUCCCACUUUAUAUGACCUGGAGAAAUAUUGUUUGUAUAAUGAUAAGUGGGACUUAUGUCCAGAAGAAACGGUAACUCCAACCGGGGUCACUUCAGUCACAGAAAAUCCUACUUCUGAAGUAAAUCAGUUUCUUUCUACCCUCGAUUAUGAGUUGAGUGAUGCGGAAAUAAAUAAUGCAAUACGGCUGUAUCGUCUACUUCAGACGAGUCAUUUGAUUCCCAAGGCUAUAAGGGACUUGUUCAAAUACUGGAAUUGGAUGUUGAUGAACAGUCCAACGGUGUAUUUAAAUGAGAACAUAAAUCCAGCAAUUUUUAACAGUGACGGCAAUGAAUAUAAAAAUUACGCCAAUCAACUAAACACGGUUGAGGAUAGACACAGUGCUGAUGACAAUUAUAAAGUGAGUUUUAAAAAUGAAGUUCUGAACACCAGACGAGUCGGAUCGUCCUCGAAGAUGUUUGUUAUAAAUAUGUUUAUACACGCUUUGGAUCACGUUGAAAGAACCUUCUAUGCUACGACGUAUGCUGCCCUCAUUUCUAUCAGUCCAGCGAAUCGUAAAGAGAAUGGUAUUAGCUUUGCAUUAUCGGGAUUAUUUCUUCAAAUGGCACUUAUAGCAUUUUCGACAGAAGUUGAUAAUGAAACCAGGGCAGAAAUUAAUAAGUUUACUGCCUUUGAUGUUACUGAACAGGACAAAUUAGGAAUGAUACAAAGCUUACUAGCGUGGCUUCCGGCAUCAAGCGAUCGUCUUAAAUUUAAAUAUGCUACAAGAUUGGUUCUUAAAAGAGGUAUCCGUUUGAGUCAAAAUUUCUUGAGAGGCGCUGCCGUUUCUGCUCAGAUUAAAAUUGACUACGUGAACGGCACUGAAUCUGUAGAAGAUUUGACUAAUAUACUUAAUCGUAUGGUAGUGGAAGAUUCUGAAGGUGCCAUGCAUAAUACAUUUGACGAGGAUGAAUUAGCGGAGGGCGUAUGCGCAGUUUUAAUAUCCACUUUGUAUGUGAGGGCUCGUUGGCGAUCGCCGCCCACCCUUCUCAAUGGCACCUUGCCAUUCUAUGUCAGUGAUAAAGUGCCGAAACAGACUCGCAUGGUUCGCAUAAAUGAUAUGAUGCGUUACAUUAGACUGCCUCAGUGGGAUUCAGAAGUAAGUAUUUGUUUAUAA